UGCGGUCGCGGGCAGACGAACGCGCGCGCGCCAACCGAACGACGUUACGUAAAUACGGUCGCUCGCGUUCGCCACCGUCGCCGCCGUAACGACACGCGAUAGUGUGUGUGUAUAUAUAUACAUACAGCUAGCCGUCCGCAUAGAUCGCAACAGUUUCGACCGGCGCGCAAGAAAUGGCCUGCAGUGGCCCGCAGUGGCCGCGGCUGUUCCGGUUCUCGGUGCUGCUGUUGUUCCUGUCGCUGCUGUCCGCAGCGGCCGCCCGUUACCGGCUGCUCGUGCUGCACACCAACGACAUGCACUCGCGGUUCGACCAGAUCGACGCGAUCGGCGCCGAGUGCGGCGUGUCCGGCGCUCACUGUUACGGGGGUUUCCCGCGCCUCAAGACGGCGGUCGACCGGGAGCGCCGCCGCAACGACGCCGCCGGGUCCGUCGACGGCGCGCUGUUCCUCAACGCCGGAGACACGUUCCAGGGCACUGCGUACUACACGUUCCUCAAAUGGCGGGCUGUCCAGCGCAUGGUCCGGACGCUCGGCAUCGACGUCAUGUCUUUGGGAAAUCACGAAUUUGACGACGGUGUGAAAGACGUUGAAUUGUUCUUACGAAACAUAACCAUACCAGUAGUAGCCAGUAAUCUCGACCUAACCUACGAACCUGCAUUGGCCAGUGAGCCAAACUUGAUGAAAUCUAAAGUUCUGACGGUCAAUGGACGCAAAAUUGGAAUUAUCGGAUACUUGACUCCGGAAACAGCAGUUAUAGCAAAAGUGGGCAAUGUAAAAAUAUUGCCAGAAAUACAGUCGGUAGCGGCCGAGGCGAAACGACUGAAAAACGACGGGGUGGACAUUCUUAUUGCGUUGGGACAUUCUGGUUUCGAAAUGGAUAUACAGAUAGCCAGAGACGUCGAAGACAUCGAUUUGGUGGUUGGUGGACAUUCGAAUACGUUUUUGUACACAGGAAAUCCGCCGGGUGCCGAUAAGCCUGUCGGCCCGUAUCCUUUUAUGGUGGAACAGCCAAACACCAAAAGGAAGGUUCCUGUGGUACAGGCAGAUCACGUCACCAAAUAUUUGGGUGAAUUGUGGAUAGAGUUCGAUGAAGCCGGCGAAGUUAUCAAAUGUUAUGGAAACCCAAUUUUAUUGGAUUCCAGUAUCGAACAAGAUGCCAAAGUAUUGGAAGAAGUAAACAUUUUGAGAGAAGUUAUCGAGAACAAGACUAAACAAGUGAUUGGUUCGUCAAGCGUAUUUUUAGAAGGUGAGAAUGAGUACUGCAGGUUCAAAGAAUGUAACCUGGGAAAUUUCAUAACGGACUCUUUCGUAGAUUACAAUAUCCGAAAUAAUAUCAAAUCGUUUGAUUUGACCAAAUACUGGACCGAUGCACCCAUAGCGUUGAUACAAGCUGGAGGGAUACGGACAAACAUCAAUAAUAUAAAAAGAACAGGUAACAUCACUUAUGGAGAUUUACUGUCGUCGCUGCCGUUUCAAAAUGACAUAGGUAAAAUUACGACUAAAGGUUCAGACAUUUGGACAGCUUUUGAGUACUCCGUUCGGCGGUACAGCACAAUAGUGCCCAACGGUGAAUUCCUACAAGUUUCAGGAUUGAAAGUCGUAAUAGACUUUGGUCGGCCCAGCGGCAAGCGCGUUCAGUCCAUUCACGCUAGAUGUGGAAAUUGUGCCGUCCCCGUGUACGAGAAAUUGAAUUUAAACGCCAAUUACACGAUGAUCGUCAGUGAUUACCUGUCAAACGGCGGGGACGGUUUCUCGUUCAAAAAAGUGGUGGAAUACCAGAGUUUCGGAACGACAGAUUUGAAGAUCAUGGAAGAAGAGUUCCACGUGAGGUCGCCAAUAUGGCCCGAAGUCGGUCAACGGAUCGUACUGCUCAACGUGGGAGAGUUGAACCAGGCGCAGACAACCAGCAGUGAUAGCCAACGCGUUUCGACACCCCUGUCGGACAUGACAUUAUUAAUGUUGACGAUCGCGGUCACGUUGUGCCUGGUAGACUGACCAGUUGUAUUGAAAUAAUAUCAAUAUGGUUCCGUGCGGCGACCGCGUUACCGUGUCGCGUACGAUUUGCUCACGAACAAUAUAAUAUUAUAAUAUAUCUUUUAAUUAUAUUAUGUUUUUACCUCUAAAGUAUUAUAAUAAUAAUUGAUGGCGGCGACGACAACGCGCGUCUUUUCGUCGAACGGCAACAGCAGUAUUGUUUUGAAUGCUUUCCGCCGGGGAAGAUCAAAAAUCAAAACGAACCAAGUGUCAACAUCGUACCGUAGUCGACCUGUGGAGUAUGCACGGCUCGUGUACAAAAUAUAUACAUAUAAUAUGUUAGGAAGUUAUAACUGCAUAGAUAUAU